CUCAUCUCCCUUUACCCUACUGCCGCUUCCUCAAUUUCUCAUGUUCUUUGUGUUUCCUUUCUUUUCUUUGAUCUUCUAAAAUUCUAUAAUGACGAAAACCUUAGCUUGCUUUGUUCUCUCAGCUCUCAUCGUAAGCUGCGCUCUCGGCCAGGCUCCAAGUUCCGCCCCGACCAAGUCACCGCGGUCUUCUUCUCCGACUCCAGCUCCCAAGGUUUCCCCAACCACGUCUCCCACCGCUACUCCAACCGCUUCGCCGCCGUCAAUAGCCACCACUCCAGCCCCAGAAUCUUCUCCAACUUCCUCUCCCCCGGCCCCUCCUAUGUCUCCGGCUGGUUCUCCGACCGUCGGUGCUUCUCCCACUGGCGCUAUCACUCCAUCCUCCAUCAGCGGGUCACCUGGAGCAUCUCCAACAUCUUCUCCGAACGCCGCCGCUUUGAAUAUAGCCGCCGUCGCUGGAUCCGGCGUUGCAGCUGUUUUUGCAGCAGUCGCUUUGUUCGCUUAGAUCUGAUAUUUUCGGAUUGUAGGAUUUGAAUUUGAUCGAUUUUUUUACUUUAGGGUCAUUUUUAGAUUCUCAUAUUGAGUUUUAGUAGCGUAUUUCUUUUUAUUUUGACGGGGUUGAUUUUAUAUAUUGAUAGGCUGGAGCUAUAUUUACCGUUGAGAUUUGGUUGUAGUUUAUCGUUGUUGGUUAUUAUAAUUAAUAAUAUGCUCUUAUGUAUUAAUUAAA